AUGAGGGGGGGUCUUGCCAUCGCCAGGAAUGUGCCCUCGAGACCCUCGCACGAGAAAUUUCCCUGCCAGCCUCUGACAGGCUGCAAGUUCCAAGGACCCCCGUCCACCCCGGGCAUCUGGAGGCAGCUGCUUCCUUGCAAAAUGCCCGCAUGUCAAAGUUCGUGCAUCCCGGUUGGACGCGCCCUCCCGGCCUGCUGGCUGCUGGCUCUGCAGUUUUCCAAAUGCGGACGGAGCCGCGAGCCAGGAGAAAACUCCAAAGCGCCCCCGCUGGAACCACGCGGCCCGCCGCCCCGGCUCCCACCCACCGGCAGGCACACCCCCACCGCGGCGGCCGGCAAGUUUGUGGGGCCGUCCGGGCCGGCUGAGCAGGACUCACCGCGGAGCCCCUCCAGCCGGGCUGGCGACAGCGGCAGCGGGCGCAGGGUCGCGGCUCCCGGGACCGGAGGCGCAGGACUGGCGGGCGAUGCAGAGUUACGGAGGAGCCACCUCGAGCCCCUGCACCUUGAGCCCUCCCCGCGCUGGGCUGUGUCUGCAGAGGCUCCCGCACCCCCAGCCGGGGUCAGCGCCAGGUAUUCCGGAAGCUUCUGUGUGGAUUACGUGUGGAUCUUCAAAGCAUCACUAAGAGGCGGGCCUCCUGUCAUCCCCACUUGGCGAGAAGGGAGACCGCCACAUGUUGGAGACACGUGGAAGGUGGCAGGUGUUGCCUCUUGGUGCGUGCGGAUGAACCCAGCAGCGGCCAGCAAGCCCCACAGCCCGCCUCCCUCCUUCGUUCAUCAACGAGAGCCCAGGGGCCUGCCCGGCACCCGCCGGGGCCACGGAGGCCGGGCCACGCGCCAUCUGGGGGAACGUUCCAGCACAGGCAGAGGAUCUACUGAAGGAAUGAAUGAGUGGACGAGUGAACGAGGGAAUGACUCCACCGACAGGUCCUGGAUACAUCUGCGACUAGACUGGGGCAGUGAGGAGACCGCGGCCAACACGCCCUGCCACGGCCUCUGUUAAGGUAAGCGGAGCUCCCCCAACAAAAGCGACGGGCGGAGGACUGGACGUGCGGAUGGCCAGCAAGCCCACGAAGAGAUGCUCAGUGUCAUCGGCGAAAAGCAAGUCAAAGCCACGGCGAGACACCACCUCUCACCCGCCGGGACGGCUGCAAAACCAACAAAAGCCGAAAGCCAGAAAAUAACAAGGGUCGGCGAAGACGAGGCGAGACCGGACGUGGAGACGUUGCAGGUGAGAACAUAGGACAGUAACAGCGGCCACCGCGGAGCGAGGUCUGUGGCUCCUGCAACCUGCGACCCCCCCCCCCCCCGCCCCCCGGGCUCUGCCGGAAGAAAGAAGGCAGGGACUGAGAUGCACCCCACCCCCACCGCGUCCCCGAGCGCAGGAGCCCAAACCACCCGACUGCCGUCUGUCUGUCCGUCUGUCGUGUGCUGGUUGGUAAAUCCGACCACAGAAAGGACCGCGACACGGGGGAGGUGAGAAAACGAGACGCCUCGGCUGCGAAGUGUCCAGAACAGACAGCACAGGGAGGGCUGGGGGCGGGGAUGCCCCGCAGACUGGCCGCUUAAUGGAUGCCGGCCUCCUCUAGAGGGUGAGAACGUUCUGGAACGAGGAGGGGAGGCUGCCCAGCACUGUGAGUGUGCUAACUGCCGCUUGGCUAUUCACCCUAAAGUGUCUGGGGUUUUGUCUCGUGAUUUUCACCUCAAUAAAAAAACAACAAAGGUAAGUGGAGGCCAGGGUCAGCCGCACCCUGUGUCCCCACGGUCCCCCAGCAUCUGGAGUCGGGGUUGCCCCACGCUGGGCACUUCGGCUCUCCCAGCGCCCCUCCCGUGAGGGAAUAAAUGUGUGUUGUGUUAA